GCACCGCCGGAGCGAAUGGGCCCCGGGACCCCCAGGGAGCACGGGCCGGGCGAGCGGCACCGGCUGGUCCCGGCGGCGGAGGAGGAGGAGCUGCUGCGGGAAAUGGAGGAGCUGCGCUCGGAGAACGACUAUCUCAAGGAUGAGUUGGAUGAACUCCGGGCGGAAAUGGAAGAGAUGAGAGACAGUUACUUGGAGGAGGAGGUUUACCAGCUGCAGGAGCUGCGGCGGGAGCUGGACCGCGCCAACAAGAACUGCCGAAUCCUGCAAUACCGCCUCCGGAAGGCCGAGCAGAAGAGGCUGAAGGUGGCAGAGACCGGGCAGGUGGACGGGGAGCUUAUCAGGAGUCUGGAGCAGGACCUGAAGGUGGCCAAAGACGUGUCGGUCCGAUUGCACCAUGAACUUGAAACCGUGGAGGAAAAGAGAGCUAAAGCGGAAGACGAGAAUGAAACUCUUCGACAGCAGAUGAUCGAAGUGGAGAUAUCCAAGCAGGCCCUGCAGAACGAGCUGGAGAGACUGAGGGAGAGUUCCUUGAAAAGGAGAGGCAGCCGGGAAGCGUACAAAGAGAAGAAAGCCUUCACCCAGGAUGACAGCGCGGAUCUGAGGUGCCAGCUCCAGUUUGCCAAAGAGGAGGGCUCGCUGAUGCUCAGGAAGAUGGCCAAGCUGGGGCGCGAGAAGGACCGGCUGGAGCAGGAGCUGCAGAGGUACAAGGCCCUCUACGGGGAUGCUGACAGCCCCCUGCCCGCGGGCGAGGCUGGCGGGCCGCCCAGCACCCGCGAGGCCGAGCUGAAGCUGCGGCUGAGGCUGGUGGAGGAGGAGGCCAGCAUCUUGGGCCGGAAGAUCGUGGAGCUGGAGGUGGAAAACCGGGGCCUCAAGGCCGAGAUGGAAGACCUGCGUGGCCGGGAGCCCCUGCCCGGUGGGCCGACCUCGCCCUUCGGGGGGGACUCCUUGGAGUCCUCGGCCGAGCUGCGCCGGCACCUGCAGUUCGUGGAGGAGGAGGCGGAGCUGCUGCGGCGGUCCAUCUCCGAGAUUGAGGACCACAACCGGCAGCUGACCCACGAGCUGAGCAAGUUCAAGUUCGAGCCUAGGCCCGAACCAGGCUGGCUGGCGGGGGGCGGGGCGCCCCUGCAGGACGAGCUCCAGGCGUCACGGCUGCCGGUGAGCGAGCUGAGCGGGGAGGUGCUGACGCUGCAGCCGGGCCCGCGCGCACCGAGCCCGCGGGACAGCGAUGCUGACAGCGACACGGGUCGGAGGAGCGACGACGGCGAGGACGGCCGCGUGCAGCCCCGCCGGGAGGGCCCCAUUGGCGGCGAGAGCGACUCGGAGGAGACCUUCGAGAAGACCUCGGGCUUUGGCAGUGGGAGGCCGUCGGAGGCCGGGGAGUGCCCGGAGCUGCUGCGCACGCGGGAGGACUCGGAGCGCCUGGCGAGCAUCAGGCAUGAGGCGGAGCGGCUGGAGCGCGCGGUAGAGCGCAUCAUCACGGACACCGAGGCCGCACUCCCGGGCGGAGAGGCCUCGCCCGGAGCCUGCGGCCAGGGCACCAGGGAGGAGCCCCAGCUGCUGGGGACCCUCAACGCGAGGAUGAAGGCCUUCAGGAAAGAGCUCCAGGCCUUCCUGGAGCAGGUGGAGCGGCUGGGGGAGGGCCUGUCCCCGCUGCCCCAGCUCACCGAGUCAUCCAGCUUCCUGUCCUCUGUGACCUCCGUGUCCCGGGACUCCCCGGUGGGGAACCUGGGCAAGGAGCUGGGCCCGGACCAGCAGUCCAAACUGAGAGAUCAGAUGGAGUGGCAGCCGGGGCAGGAGCGAGGGGAGGAGCGGGGUCACCUCCAUCUCCGCGCCGCACGGGAGCUGCACCGCCGAGCCGACGGGGACGCUGGGAGCUGCCGGCCCGGAGCCCAGAGCUGCUUCAGCCUUGAGCUCAGGGGCUCCCCCGAACAGAGUGUAUCGAUAAAGGAGCUUCAGGGUCGGCUUGCGCAGGUAGUCAGACCACAUCAGGAAGAGGCAGUGAGAUUCACAGACACCGUCGGCCCAGCAAGUCAGCUGCGCUCCCUGAAGCAGAACAUCUUCCUCUUCUACGUCAAGCUCAGGUGGCUGCUCAAGCACUGGCGCCAAGGGAGGCAGGCGGAGGACGACACGGAGGACUUCAUGGAGAGCGAGCUUCCAGAGACCUUCCCCAGGCUUGGGGAGUUUGGCAUCCAGGGGGACACAAAGACAGACAGUCCAGACCGAGAUGACGAUGGGCCAGGCUGUGGCUUUUCCCUGGGAGAGUGCUCUCCGCAGAUGGGUGACCAUGGAUCGCGGCUGCAGCCCACAGACGGGGGGCAGCUCUCCAGGCAGGUGGCGGAGACCCAGCCACUGUUCUGUGCGCUCAAGGCGCUGCUCGAGGAGCUGCGUGCGGAGCUGCGGGAGGAUGCGCGCGCACGCCAGCGGCUGCAGCAGCAAUACGCGGGCGACAAGGCCGCCUGGGAUGUCGAGUGGGCCGCGCUCACGUGCCGCCUGGAGCAGCUGGAAGCAAAGAAUGGGGAGAGCUUGGGAGACCCAGGCUCCUGCACCGACAGCAAAGGGGCCUUCAGGAGGGAGACGGAGGUGCAGCAGAAGCUGCUGGCAGACAGCCACAGGCUGGCCAUGGACCUGCGCUGGCAGAUCCACCACCGCGAGAAGAACUGGAGCCGGGAGAAGGUGGAGCUUCUCGACCGCCUGGACCGGGAGCGCCAGGAGUGGGGCCGGCAGGAGAAGGAGCUGCUGUGGAGAAUUGAACAGUUGCAGAAAGAAAACAGUCCCCGGAGAGGUGGCAGUUUCCUCUGUGAUCAAGAGCAGGGAUCCCCCUGCCCUGCGGGGAUGUGGCCCUGUAUGGACACAGACUCCAGUGCAUUUGAGGACCGGCCGCUGUCCAAGCUGAAGGAAUCGGACAGGUGCUCAGCACGGGAGAACCUCUACCUGGACACCUUGUCCCUGGACGAUGAGUCAGAGGAGCCCCCGGCCCUCCGGCCCCAGAGGGAGUUUAGGAACUGCUUCCGUGAGGAAGAAGAAAGUCACAAGGGAAAUCUUCAAAGGGCUGUGUCUGUGUCGUCCAUGUCUGAGUUCCAGCGCUUGAUGGAUGGCUCUCCCUUCCUGCCAGAGAAGGGCCUACCCCCCACCUGCAGCAAGGAAGACAUCACCCCACCCCUAUCCCCUGAUGACCUCAAGUACAUCGAGGAGUUCAACAGCAAGAGCUGGGACGACAGGCCUCCAGACCCCUGGGCGGACAGGACCGAGGCCAGCACCGAACCUUUCUCCGACACCGCCUGGUACCUCACCACAAGCAUCACCCUGACCACAGACACCGUGACCAACCCCGAGCACUGCCAGAAGCAGCCCCCGCGGAACCUCGUCUGUGCUGAGCAGGCUGGGGGGAGGGGGCUGCACAGCCCCCCUGCCAUCCGGAGGCUGGAUGGCAUUGUGGCAGGGGUCGGCGAGAGCAGGGCCCGAGGGGGCCCCGGGGAUGCCAAGGGGGGCCCUUCUGAACAUGUGCUCAGCAGGUGGCCCUGUGCCCCCUCCAGGCACCCCCGAAACUACACGGAGGAGGGGAUCCGGCCCCUCGACAGCACCAUCAGCUUCUCCUCCCCGCUGCACAACCUGGAGAUGCCCAGAAACCUGAGUGACGACAUGAAGGAGGUAGCCUUCUCAGUCAGGAGCACCAUCUGCUCCAGCCCCGGCGAGCCUCUGGUCAAGGACAUGGCCUGCCAGACCAAUGGGUCCCGGACGACAGGGACACAGACCAUCCAGACCAUCAGUGUUGGCCUACAGACGGAAGCCCUGCGGGGCAGCCCACACAAGUGUCUCACGCCCAAGGCGGGAGGUGGCGCCACGCCCGCGUCCUCUCCCUCCCGUGGCCUCAGGAACAGGCAGGUGGCCCCCGCCAUUGAGAAGGUGCAGGCCAAAUUUGAACGCACAUGCUGUUCCCCCAAGUACGGGUCUCCCAAGCUGCAGCGGAAGCCCCUCCCUAGAAUGGACCAAUCGAGUAGCAGGGCCUCCCCAGGGCUGGCUCAGAAGGGGUGCGGUGAGUCAGCCUGGGCCCGCUCCACCACCACACGCGAGAGCCCCGUGCACACCGCCAUGAACGAUGGUCUCUCCAGCCUCUUCAGCAUCAUCGACCACAGCCCCGUGGUGCAGGACCCCUUCCAGAAGGGGGUGCGGACUGCGAGUCGGUCUCGCUCAGCUGAGCCCCGGCCAGAGCUGGGUCCAGGCCAAGACACGAGCCCCAGCUCCCGGGGCCGCUCACCCAGCCCCAUCGGGGGUGGCUCAGAGACAUGCAGGGAGGAGGGGGGAGAGGGCACGCCCUUGAGGCAGGACUUAUCUGCUCCCCCUGGCUACACACUCACCGAGAACGUGGCCCGGAUCCUCCACAGGAAGCUGCUGGAACAUGCCUUAAAGGAGGAGCGGAGGCAGGCUGCCCACAGCCCCACAAACAUCAGCAGCGACAACCACCUGGGAGAAAUGGCGGUCAAGGCCGAGCCAGGGUCCAUCGAGAACCAAACUGUCUUACUAACUGCCCCCUGGGGACUCUAGCCCGCCUCACUCCGUAAGUGCUUUCUUCCUUCUUUUCACUGUCUGCAGAGCUUGUUGGGUAGCUCAGGGCUGGCCCAGGGUCCAUCUAAAGGGACAGAUCGCCAGCCUGGACAGGCCCACAUGCCCCCACACACACCCCUGGGUGCUGAAUGACCAUACUAGAGGGAAGAAAUACAAAUGUAUCUUGACCUUCCAGGGGUCACCACAGGUGACCAAGUGCUCGACAACCAUGUCAACACACAACAGUCACUCCUGCCCCAAAACUUGUGGAACCACCUUCAGAGCCCUAGUCGAGGAGCAUGAGAAAACACCAGCCUCGUUUCCGAUCAAGGCUAGUUACCUCCCCUUAUCCACUGGCCUUAAAUACACCUGGCUCUCAAAGACCAAGCCUGGGCCCAUGAAAUAUGACAGAAUGGCUAUAGCAGCCCUUUCUAGAAGAGGUGCUCCAAGGACGAGAGCCCCAUUACUGCCUGUCUUCCCAUUAGUGUUGGCACGGGCCAGGCGUGUUGAAUUCUUACCUUUUUAACUUAUUCCACUGCAGGGGUUUCUCAGGAAAAGACAGCAUCCUUUGCUUACAAGUGCUGGUGUGACAUGAAGGAGAACUUUGCCCUUAACUCAUGGUCACACAGCCUUUGUGCAGGAAUGCACAAAUGCGAGUGGAGAGGUGGCACAAACAGACCCUUGUCACUCAGCAUCAGCCAGGUAGAAAUGGGCCACGGUGCUGUCCAAAACCCUACUCCAGCACUCUACCCCCACCGCACACUGAUACAUGCCACACUUACACACACCUCUUGAGGCACCAAAAGACCCAGAGCCGUAGCAGACUUCUCAACCGCUGUCCCCCGUACCCUUUAAUUUCUGCUGUUUCGGUGCUGGUGUGUUUUCAUAGACAAGCUAUCUCUGGUUGCCAUGGUUUCCAUUAGUAUAAGAGCUCUGCUGCUGGGGCUCGUGGAAAGUUGCAGUCAUGUAAAAAGCCACCAGCAGAACUAGCAACAUUAGCAUCAUCGCGUGUCAGUGCUUCUUUUCUGCUGGCCCUGGGCAGCAACCACUCCCCACCCUCCUGUGCUCUGCCCGACACCUUCUCCCCCCGUCUCUUCCUCACUCUGCUGCCUACGUGCUCAUCGCAUCUCUUCACAUCCCUCCACUUACUUCUGGAGUGGCUCCGAGGGUCCUUGUUCCAUGCUCUUCACCACAGUGGUCUCCCUCCUCAGCCUCCGGUCGUGCGGUGUUUUCUGGGUGGACAGAACUCAUUUCCUCCUGCCACAGUUGCCCCACCUUUGUGCCCACAGAUCCUGAGUCUGGGUGUCCUUUGUCCUGGCUGCAGACUGAGGAUGAGUGGCUGUACAGUCUGUAAAACCAAAAAAGGAGCAGUGGCCUUGAGAGGCAUACUAUAGGUGACCAGCCCCAGGGUUCUCGGAAGGUGCAGGAGCCCGGAGCCCAGAAGCACAAGUGCACUCGGGCUCCCCUGUUUGGAUGCUGCCGCCAUAAGAGUCGUUAGAUAAAACUGCCUCCACCAACGCUUCUCCCUGCAGUGUUCUACCCCUGUUGUGGGGUUCUCCCAGUGCCAGUCCACCUGGAACCAGCAGCAGCAGAGCUAAUUUGAGGGUGAGCCUGCUGCCGAUGCAGCCGGCUGGCAUCCUAGGGCCCUCUGGGGGUGCCCACAGACUAAGGCACAGGGAGGCUGGCCUCCCAGGACUGGCCACGGCAACUGACUAGAUGCUUCAGAAGGCCGAAAUGAUGUGCGUGGCCAGGCAGGACCAUGCCCACGGGGCCAUGCGGACCACUCGCCCCUCUGACUCCCUUUUCCAUUCGCUGCAGCCCAAUUCCAAAGCCACUUCUACACAUACCCAUCUCAUGCCACGUUUUCAUCAUAGUUUGCUAUCUUCCCAUUACUGUUGGCAGUGGUCAUUCGUGUUGAAUCCGUAGUCUUUAACAUAUUCUCUGUGAGCAAUGUGCAUGUUAGCACUCAGACCAGAUGGGCUGGUGCACUUGUCUUAGAGAAGUCUGUGUGGGGGGUGAGCCCUCCUGGAAGACCUGUCCCUCUCCUAACCCUGUCUUUCUCUUCCUCGGCUCUGAAGGAACUACCUUGUUCCGCACUCGCUCCGUCCCUAGAGCCUUGCUUCUCCAGGCCCGAGAGACCAGCAAACCGUCGCCCUCCGUCCCGCUGGGCC